AUGGUAGAUUCGAGCGGCACAAGUGUUUCUGUUAAAGCCUCUCCACCAAUCAGCGGGCACCUCCUCCCCGCUAUAUACUUCCUCCGCCCCCGCCUCCAUUCACAUCUGCAAUUCCCCACCUCCCAGCGAAACGCCUCCCACUCCCUUCUCCCACCUCCGAAGCAGCAGCAGCCAUGGCCCCCAGACAAGAAGCCCGACGCCGAGAGCAAGGUCGAGAAGGCGGCGGAGAAGACCCCCGCCCGCAAGAAGCCCAAUGCCGAGAAGCGGGUGCCGGCGGGCAAGACGGCGGCCAAGGAGGGCGAGGGCAAGACGAGGGGCCGGAAGAAGGGCGGCAAGGCCAAGAAGGACGCGGAGACGUACAAGCUCUACAUCUUCAAGGUGCUGAAGCAGGUGCACCCGGACGUCGGCAUCUCCUCCAAGGCCAUGUCCAUCAUGAACUCCUUCAUCAACGACAUCUUCGAGAAGCUGGCCGGGGAGUCGGCCAAGCUCGCCCGCUACAACAAGAAGCCCACCGUCACCUCCCGGGAGAUCCAGACCUCCGUCCGCCUCGUCCUCCCCGGCGAGCUCGCCAAGCACGCCGUCUCCGAGGGCACCAAGGCCGUCACCAAGUUCACCUCCGCCUAGGCCGGAGUGCCGGACGCGCCGCCUUGCUGUCGCAGAUGUGGCUGGCUGCUGCUGUCUCUGCUCGUCUCUCUGCAAGUAGUGGUAGGCUGGUAGCGCUGUAGCGGUAGUGCGAGCGCUAGAUGAUUGCCAACGCCCUGUUGGCCUUCUUGGUUGUUGCUAGUAGGAGUAAACUUCUUGCU